AUGCAAGCCAGUGAACUGCGCGAAGUCUCCCUUGCCCUGCGCGCUGCCCGCCGCAAUCAAACACCAAUCGAAAGACCCACGAAGAUAUGGCCCGCCCUGGAUGCCGAGGGGGGAAACAUCGCCAAGGUGAUGCAGGAUGCGUUCGGACUUGAUCAUCCGGACUAUGGGUUCCUUUUGGCGAGUACAUUUGUAUAUGAAGGGACAACCUUCGACCGGAAGCAAUAUAUUAAACCGUUCGUGGAGUUAGAGCCGGCAUUUGUGCUUCGGGGACCUCUGCGUGGGCCAAACUGCACCGUUGCCGAUGUCAUAAAUGCUGUUGAUUAUGCCAUUCCCGCCAUUGAAAUUAUUGAUUCCCGUGUAAAGGAUUGGGCGAUCGACCUCCCCGAUACCUUGGCUGAUAACGGUUCAACUGGCUUGGUGAUUCUGGGUGGUACUCCACGGAAGCUUACUGAGUUUACCUUGCGCGACACCUGCGGCACAUUGCGUUUUAACGAUCGGGAAGUUAUGUCCGGCAACACUGCCAACAUCCUCGGAAAUCCUCUUUCUGCUACUGCGUGGUUGGACAAUCGACUGGCUGCCUAUGAUAUCGAGUUCAAACCAGGCCAAGUGAUUCUGCCUGGUAGUUGCUUCCAGGCCGUCCCCAUGGAGGAAGCCGGCCAUUGGACUUGCACAUUUGAGGGCUGGGGAACUGUCGAAUUUGACGUUGUAUAA